AACGAGGGAAGAAAAGGAGGAUAAAGCCAAGGAAGGAGGGAUGGUGGACAACUCAAGCAGCAGUAAGGCACAAAUGCCCAGCAUGUCUCAAGAGCCUGGUGUGGCCUUUCCUCAGAGCACCUCUUCAGGAGGGAUGAAGCUGGAGGCAGUGAUGGAGCAGCUCCAGCGCCAGCAGCAGGCCCGACUGGAAAUGGAGCGCAAGGAGAGGAAGCUGCGAGAGGCCCACAUCAUGUAUGCUCAGCAGGUUGCUGCUCAGCAGGCCAUCCUGGCGGCUGCCCGGGCCUCUGGAGCGAGCUUCAUGGGUAAAGGCCUGGCUGGAAUCCCCGGUGGUGGGUUGCCUCCCCGGGUGUCCAAUCAGAGCAGUGUGGACUCGGAAAGAGAGGAUGACGAGGACAGAGGCCGGGAUUCUGGGGACAAUGACGACGACAAUGAGAUGAUGGAGGGGGACGAGGGCAGUGAUGACGAGGAGGGAAGUGCCAGCGGUCUGGAGUUUCUCCGCAAGCAGACCCUUGCUUUGCAGCAGAGCGCCUCACGCAUCCCGGCCCGUCCUUUUAGCAGUUACUCUGCGUCGGCCCCCCAGAGGUCUGCAUCACCACCUAUCAGAGUGAAGCAGGAACCUGACGAGGGUCUGUCUCCUGCGGGGCCUCACUCUGCUACCUCUCCUAACGGACAGGCCGACUGGGGCUUUGAUGAUCAUUUCAGACAGAAUGGGAGUGCAGGCUGGGCGGAUGAAGCAGACAGUAGCAGAGGAAGAGGAGAGGCUUCCAGAGACUUUGCUAAGUUGUACGAGUUGGACAAUGACCCCAAAAGGAAGGAGUUUUUGGAUGACCUCUUCACUUUCAUGCAGAAAAGAGGAACCCCAGUCAAUCGUAUCCCCAUCAUGGCCAAGCAGGUCCUGGAUCUGUACAUGCUGUACAAGCUGGUGACGGAGAAGGGAGGCCUGGUGGAGGUCAUCAACAAGAAGAUCUGGAGAGAAAUCACAAAGGGACUCAAUCUGCCUACUUCCAUCACCAGUGCAGCUUUCACCCUGCGCACACAGUACAUGAAAUAUCUGUACCCAUUCGAGUGCGAGAGGAAAGGCCUCAGCUCUCCAGGUGAGCUUCAGGCGGCCAUCGACAGUAACCGACGCGAGGGUCGUCGUCCGAGCUACAGCAGCAGCCUCUUCCGCUUCUCUCCCUCUCCCAGCACAGCUCCCCGCAUCCUGUCACCUCCCAAGAUGCACCUCUCGGCUCUGGGGGCAGGGACCUCAGCGGCCCUCAACGGCCUGCACGUCUCGCCAGGACACUCUCUGAAGAAAGGUAGUAUUCCAGAUGACCUGACCUCCUCCAUCUUGGCGGCGAGGUCCCCCAUGGCGUUGACCCUCGGUCAGCAACAGGUUGCAGGCUUGGCACGAGCCGCCACACUGGAGCAGCUGAGAGAAAAACUGGAGACCAGCGGUGGAGAGGGCCCAGAGAGGAAGAUGGCACGCCUGGCAGAAGAGCAGCAGCGCCUGAUGCAGCAGGCUUUCCAACACAACCUGCUGGCCAUGGCUUCCCAAAUGCCCAUGAACCUGCGCCUGGGAGCCCCCGCCAUCACCACCAGAGAUGAGAAGCAGCAGGACAUGUCUCUGAGCAUCUCAACCAAUGGAAAUGCAAGCAUCACUGUCUCAGUGGAGGUCAAUGGCACAAUCUAUUCAGGAACCCUGUUUGCCCAGAAGUCUGGAGGGGUCCUGGGGCCCACUGUAUCAGCUGCUGCUGCUUCAGCCUCCCCUGCUGGAACCAGCUCUAGCUUUGGCUUCUCUGCACCCCUGGCUCAGACCCUCAGCCCCACGUCCUCCUCUUCCUCCAAGGGUCCUGGCUCGGCUGAGCCUGCUCCCAGCGGGUCACCAUAA